AUGAGUUGUAUUGAUGUGAAGCAGGAAAAUAUACAAGAUAUUGAAAAAAACGUAAAUGAAGCAAAAGAUUUUGCAAAAGACGUAAAUAAAAAAAAAGGAAACAGUCAUCAUAUGAAGAGAUUUAACAAGCCAGCACAAAGUAACAACACGUCGAAAACGUACAAACUGCAAGGAUCUACUAGCAUGAAUACAAAUAAUAAUAGCCAUAAAAAUAGUAGCAGUCAAAAUAAUAGCAGUAAUAAUAAUAAUAACAGCUCUAGUAAUAAUAACAACAUUAAUAAUAACAACAACAUUAAUAAUAACAACAGCAAUAAUAAUAACAACACUAGUAAUAAUAACAACACUAGUAAUAAUAACAACAGUAGUCAUAAUAACAACAGCAAUAAUAAUAAUAAUGAUGAAGUCGUAGAUAAGGAAUGGAAUAAAUUGAGAAGCGGGUCUAAUCAAACUUUUAGAAAUACAAUUAAGUCCAUUGAAAGUGACAACUUUUCAUCUGUCAAUAAAAAGGAUAGUUCAAUGGAUCAAGGAAAUUGGAGAUUCAAAAAAGAAAGAAAUUCAACGAAUUUUAGAAACAAUAAUAAUCAUAACACGAAUGAAAUGAACUCAAAUAUGAAUGGUACAGAAUUUACAAAAAAUAAUUACAAUAAAAGUCCGAGCAGAUCAAAUAGCUCAAAAUAUAAUUUUAAUAGGCCAUUUAAACAUAGCCAUAGUAACAACAGUAAUAGCAACCACAAUAGUAAUAGUAAAAACACAAAGGGGAAUAAUUCUAGUAUGGAAAAUUCCAAAUCCAUUGAAUCAAAUGCCAAAGGAAUGAACAAAAAUUUUAAUUAUAGUAGUAGUGCUCUAACGAACAGUGUGAAUAAUGUGGAUUUAGAGAACUAUACAAAUAAUGAAGUUAUUUUGAAUAAUCAAAAUCAUCAAAAAAAUACUAGUCAGAAUAAUUACAAUAAUUCUAGCGGAAAUAUGAAUAAUAGUUUCAACAACAUGAAUAAUAAACCAUUUUAUAAAAAUUCAAAUCGAAAUAAUAAAUUUUAUAAAUCUAAUAGUAAUCAAAAUAAUGAUGGUACAAACAAUUACAGCAAUAAUAUAGAGUAUAAGGAAAAGAAGAAAAGUAUUAAUAAUUAUAAGAAUCAUUAUAAAAAUCAUAAUUAUAAAAAUGAUGGGAAUGCAAGUAAUAUUCGGAACAGAAAAACAAAUACUGAUGAAAAUAUGAAUAGAAACAACUCAAUUGAUUUUAAUGUGAACACAAAUUAUAAUAUUUCCCAAGCGAAGUUUACGGAGCAAAGGGAAGGUGCAGCAGAUAAUAAUAGUAAUAAUAAUAGUAAUAAUAAUAAUAGUAAUAGUAAUAAUAACUAUCAGAGCAAUGAUGCGCAUUUCACGGGACAGAUGACCAUACCAAAUAAUACAAGUAGUCAAACUUAUCUUAAACAGAAGUAUGAUAAUAACAAUGCCAUGAAAAGUGAGGAUUUUAACAGAAGCGAUUCACCUGUCAGUGCGAAGGGGGAUACGGGCAAGUACCACGGUAGUUACUUGAACCAAAAUGAUAUAACUAACAGUAGUAUAAAUGUCAACAAUAAUAAAAACAGUAAUAUUAGCCGUAAUCAUGGCCGUUCUUAUAAUAAUAGUAAAAUGGGUUUAUCACAGGUACAAAAUUCUGUGUUCACGAAUUAUAACAAUCAAAAUAAGCAGAGCAACAUGUACAUCAAUAUAAAUAAUGAGGGAUCCAAUAGAAAUAGGUUAGAUUUUUUUAACAGUACAAAUUCAAGCAAUAAAUUUACAGAUAGAAACAAAAACAACGAUGAUAUAAACAAUAAUUCUUAUGUUAAACGAGGAAAUAAUUACAUAGAUGAAAGUUAUUACAUGAAUUCCGAAAUGAAUGCUAGUUUUAGAAGCAGCGGAGAAUCACGUAAUUCAAGUAAUACGAAUAGAAUAAAAAAUAAUAAUGAUAGUUCAAAUUAUAUGAAAAGAGAAUGUACAAGUGUAAAUAAUUAUUACAUAAAAAAUAUUGAUAAGCAAAAUAGCCAUAGUUAUAGUACAUAUGACAACUCACCAAAUGUAAAUACAAAUGAGAGUUUUAAUGAUCACUCUGAUUUUAUGAACAAGACACCUGUAUUUAGUAAUACAAACAUGAAGAUGUGUGAUAAUACCAACAUAAAUUUUAAUAAUAAUAAUAAUAGUAACAAUAAUAAUAGUAACAAUAAUAAUAACAAUAAUAAUAAUAAUAAUAAUAAUAAUAAUAAUAAUAAUAAUAAUAAUAAUAAUAAUAAUAAUAAUUAUAAUAAUAAUAAUAAUAGUGCAAAUUUUAUGAACAGGGAUAGUGCCCAAAGUAGCCAUAAUAGUGUAAGUUUGAUUAACACAAAUAAUAAUAAUAGCAAUAUUAAUAAUGACUGUAUUAACAAUAACAGUAUUAACAGUAACAUCAUUAACAGUAACAUCAUUAACAGUAACAUCAUUAACAACAACAGCAAUAACAACAGCAAUAACAACAACAGCAAUAACAAUGAGGAGGAAGAUGAUAACGACGAUUGGGGAGAAUUAGGUGAAGACAAGUACAUUGACAUAAAUUCAAUAAUUAAAAAAAAGAAUGUUAUUCUGAAUCAACUAGAAGCGGAUUUAAGUAGUCUUCCUAAAAAAGGUCAAGAUAACAAAAAUAAAAAAAAAAUAAAGUCCAAAAAAGAAAGAGACAAUUUGCAUUCAUUAUUACUUGAGGUGAAUGCAAUACCACAGGGAGAUAAAAAGAAAAACAAAAAAAAUAAAAAUAAAAAUACUAAAAGUAGUAAAAAAGAAAAUGAACCAAAUGGGAAGGAAGCAAGUAACUAUAGCAAUAGUAAUAUUUUGUUGAAUCAGAAAAAAGGAGGGAUAAGUUCUUUUGAAACCGAUAGUAAACUUACAGAACAAAAGACUAACACGUAUAGCGAAAUUGAUAUAAGAACAAACGAAGAGAAUAAUUUAGCAGAGGAAAAAACGAAUGAAACUGGCACAGAUAAUAAUAUUAAUAAUAAUAGGAAUAGUAGUAGUAAUAAUAAAGUAAGAAAAGCGGACGAUUGUAAAAACGAAGCAUUGCAGAUUAACGAAAAAAAGGAACAAGGUGAAAAACCUGCUAAGGCUAUUUAUGUUUUUAAAAAAAAGGAGAAUAUGUCCCCACUUGAAUAUAUGGAAAGACAAAUAAAAAGUUUGCUUAAUAAAUUAACUGUUGAAAAUUUUCCUAUUAUAACAGAAAAGUUAUGCCAAAUUAUGGACUCGCGUGUCAACACUGAUGAAAUUCAAACCGUGGUAAAUCAAGUUAUUAAUAAGGCCGUCCUGGAACAUGACUGGUCAGAGAUGUACGCGGAUGUUUGUCAGGCUCUGAAGUGGAGAUCGCCAAAUUUCGAAAUGAAGAAAAAAACGUCGUUCGAAAUUGCAUUAUUAAAAAAGAUUCAGGAAGAAUAUGAGAACCUACCAAGUACAUUUGAAUCUACCAUGAAAGAAAAAUUAAAAAAUGAUGAAAAUGAAGAGGAGUUAAGUUUUGUUGAACAAAAACAAAAAAAAAGAUUAUUUGGAAUAGUCAAAUUAAUAGGUGAAUUAUUUCAAAGGCAAAUUGUGUCUAUUUCAAUUGUUAUAAGUAUAGCACACGAUUUACUAAUAGCAUAUGAGGAUCCAAAAGAAUACUGUAUUGAGGCAUUUCUUCAACUUAUAUAUUCAACUGGAUUUUUUAUUGAUAAGAUGGAAAAGUAUAGAAAUAUAUUAGAUACUUGGUUUGGUAGAUUAAAAGAAUUACAAAGGAAGAAAAUGUAUUCGAAAAGAAUUAAAUUUGUUAUACAGGAUGUGUUUGAUUUAAGAUUAUCUGAAUGGAGAAAGAAAACACAUAAAGAUACAGCCAAAGGAUUAAAUGAAUUAAGAUCACAACUAGAAACAGAGGAAAUGAUGGGUGGAUCUAUUCAUUUAGCUCAGUUAGGAAAUAUUGUUAUUGUAGGUGAAAGACAUAAUAUUAGAAAUAAUGAAUCUUAUUCCAAGUAUAUGCAAGAACAGGAGCGAUUGAGUAAAGCUAAUCAAAAAAAGUAA